AUGGAACGUUGGCUUAAAGGCGUUAAACGUGUUGCAACAACAUCUUCUAACGAAGCCGAAUAUUCAAAAGCAGUACGCGCGGAGUGUACAGCAAUUAUCGAUGAUAAUGAUGCAACGACAUCAAGUUCCACGGUUUCAAAGGCGAAAAAAAGGAAGUAUGAUGAAUCAUAUAUCAGUUUCGGAUUUGUUGAUUCCAACGGCUCACCUCUCUGCAUGUUAUGUAGUAAACUGCUUCCUAAUAGUUCCAUGGCACCUGCCAAGUUGCGCCGACAUUUAGAAACUGUACACCCCUAG